AUGGACUACGCGAUGCUACGCUAUGAACGGAAGGUGUUAGGAACGCACGAGGAAAGGCGCUUCUCUCCAGAAGACGGUCUACAACUUUUCCAGUUGCUCGACAAUUCGAAGAGCCUGAAGAGCGAGAUGGCGAACCGGAAAUGCCGGACUCGAUGCGACAACUCGACGACACACCGCCCCGCUUCAUCGUCUGCUUGUAUUGCUGCGAUACGACAUUCGGAGGAGAAUGAUGGGAAGAUGUCGACUGGAUGCAACGAAGCCCUGGCUGACGGGGAUGAUUGUGAAGCGACAAUUGGAGCAUCUUCAAAUCGGAGCCACUACAAUCAGGAGAGCAUGCUGACCAAUUUGAAGGCACGGGCACUGGCGUUGAACGAUUGCCGACAUGCCUUCGACGACCUUCAUUGCAGUUUCGCGGUUAGUCAUAGCCGAGCGGAUGCUGAGGAGCCAACGAUCGACUGGACUGAGCAAUCGAGCAGCGACGGCCCUUAUGACGACAUUUAUGCACUGAAAUGCCCGCAGGUGGUGAAGACGACAUCGAAGCAACGAGAAGAUGAUAGUGACCGCCUUUUCAGAGAUGUGCCCGCGAAAGCUGCUAAAUUCAUCAUUCUACAAAACCCGAAGACGACCCCCGGCCUCGUCUUCACCAACAUCAUCCCUAUAACCGACCUCUUCUUCCUCCUCCUGAUCUUCAUCGCGAAAAUGGACCCGGCUGAUUACGUGAGGCUCAGGGACACCCUCGAGACCGUGAAUCAGAUCUUUAUCCAGGACGGAUGUGCGCUGCGCGUCAUCGCGUACCCAAGCGGCAAGGUGGAAUUGCUCGGAAUCGUCACUGAGAUCGCCUCGGGCUUCUACGACAAGAAGAGGCCCGCCGAGCCGCCGGUGACCCAGAGCGACAAGCAGCUGCCCGGCAUGAAGAGGACCUCGACCAUCGGACGCGCAGGGCCCUCGACGUCCCAGGCGACGCCCCACGCGACCCACCCUCGUCCUCCCCACAUUCACCCGGACGGCAACAAGGACAAGGCGCGCAGCCCGCGCACCAAACGGAUCUGCCGCCAG